AUGGGGCCCGGUCGCCUCUCGCAGUCGCUCCUGCUGCGCUGCCGGCGGGCGGCGGCGGCUCUCGGCGCGGCCCGCUGCCGCGGUGGGCCGUUGUCCGCCCGCCCGCUCAGCGCCGCCGUUCAUCUGCGGGCUCCCCAGCGGCCGCCGGGGAGGGGCGAGCCACCGCGGGCGGGCGGCGGAGGGCGGUGGAAGGGGGUGGCGGGCGCCGGCGGGGAUGAAGAAGAGGAGGAGGAGGACGAGGCGGAGCUGGAGGAGCUGCUGGGCCCCUCUCCGCUGGCCCUGGAGCCCGGCGCGCAGCGCGUGGCCGUGGUGCACCCGGCUGUCAAGUGGGGCCCGAAGAAGUCGCCGCUCACCACGGCUGAAUUACAGAUUGCUGAAGCCGUUGCUCUUGUAGAGACCCUUCAGAACUGGACGGUUUUAGAUAUAAUAAUUAUUCCUACAAAAAAUCCUGACAAGAAGUUUAUUUUUGGCAAAGGAAACUUUCAGGUUUUGACAGAAAAGAUUAAAAAAUUGCCCCAUGUGACAGCUAUCUUCUUGAAUGUGGAAAGAUUAUCUUCACUAACAAAGAAAGAACUAGAAGAUGCCUGGGGCGUGAAAGUCUUUGACAGAUACACAGUUGUACUUCACAUUUUUCGUUGUAAUGCCCGGACCAAAGAAGCAAAACUUCAGAUAGCGUUGGCCGAAAUUCCACUUCUCAGGUCGAAUCUGAAAAAUGAAGUGUCUCAGCUAGAUCAGCAGAGAGGUGGAUCGAGAUACAUCAUGGGCUCAGGUGAAACAUUCAUGGAGACACAGAAUCGUAUCUUGAAAGAAAAAGAACUUAAAAUUAGGAAUGCUCUGGAGAAACUAAGAAGAAAAAGGUCUUUACUUAGAACUCAGCGCAGAAAACGCGAGUUUCCGAUUAUCUCAGUAAUGGGCUAUACUAAUUGUGGAAAAACUACCUUGAUCAAAGCCUUGACUGGCGAAGCAGGACUUCAACCCAGAGAUCAGCUGUUUGCCACUCUUGAUAUUACAGCCCAUGCUGGCUAUCUGCCCUCACAUAUGGCAGUUAUUUAUGUUGACACUAUUGGGUUUCUGACUGACCUUCCACAUAAUCUGGUUGAGUCCUUUUCAGCUACAUUAGAAGAAGUGGCUUACUCAGAUCUGAUAGUUCACGUGAGGGAUAUCACUCAUCCAGAAACUGCCCUCCAGAAAGCAACUGUUCUGUCAGUUCUGAAGAAUCUUAAUCUUCCCAGCCAUUUAUUGGACUCAAUGCUAGAAGUUCAUAACAAAGUGGAUUUGAUAGAAAGGUAUAAACCCACUGAAGAAAAUGCUUUAGCCAUUUCUGCUCUACAUGGACAUGGUUUAGAAGAACUGAAAGAAGAAAUAGAAAAAAAAAUUUUGACAGCAACAGGAAAGAAGAUUCUGACAGUUAACGUUAACUUACAGGGACCUCAGCUAAGUUGGCUCUACAAAGAAGCAACAGUUCAGGAAGUAGAAGUCAUGCCUGAAGAUGGCACAGCCAUGGUGAAGGUGAUAAUCGGCAAUUCUGCUUUUGGCAGAUACAAAAACCUCUUUCCUAACAGUAAGAUUUUUAUGCUGUGAAACUGCAUCCUUUUCUAGGAAAAGAAACUGAUCUCAUUAAGAGGAUGUGAAGUGAAGUUAAUGACCUGUUAGCCUGGGUGUUGAAGAGUGUAUUUCUUCCCUAGUUGAUGUUUUUGACACAUUUUAGAAAUGGACGCUGUUUCAGAAAACCUGUGUUUGGAAACAGUAAGAGCUUUUAGCUUCUUUCUGUCAGGAAGUGCGAGGACAGCACUAAAUUUUUAAUGUUAAAACAGUUGUUGGCUAUAAGCUGUGGACCUCAAACACGUGGAAAUCACUGGAUGGCAUCUGAAUUAACCUUCAGGGAAGUGCCAAGUUUCUAGUAUCAUAUAAUUAAAGCUUUUUACCCCCUUUUUCAGAAUAAUAUAUAUAUUAUAGUUAAGGUGUCUCAGAUGGUCCUUGGAAAAAUGGAAGUUAGCGAACAAAAUGUUGUUGGCUGUGUAUAAAUAAUACAAUAUGUUCAUGCAUUCUUCUUGAAUACGUAUAUAACUGAAAUAACUGCCAUGUCUUAUUGCAGUGAAGCAAAAAAACAUAGAUUUGUAUA